ACAAAUGUAUAUGGAUCAGCCCAGAGACGAAAAAUGCAUCCUUUUGUGGGGUUUCAGCGCAAGGCUAUUGUUAUAUGUCCCACGGACGAGGACUUUAAAGAGCGAACGUUAAGACAAACUGAUGAGCAGGGGAAGGAUGUGCCAGAUCAGGCUGUGUUAGAAAUGAAAGCCAACUUCUUGCUCCCUGAGCCGAGUGACUUCCUGGAGGAGGUGUUGUUUGUGGAGCUGCAGCGGGAAGAGGCUGACAAGCUGGUGAAGGAAUACAACGAGGAGGGACGCAAAGCCGGCCCACCCCCGACAAACGCUAUGACAACCGUCCGGGAGGGUUCCGUGGCAACGGGCGGAGGUUACCAGCGCUAUGACGACCGUGGCGGGCCUCGCGGCGGCGUAGGAUGCCAGAGCAGAGACGCUGGGGGAUACAGAAGGGGUAAGGAAGGAACGGAUUCCUCCCCAGGCAACAACCGUGGCGGCUACAACGGCAACCGUUGGGGUGGCAACGGUAACUACCGUGAGGGGGGGUCGGGGUACAACCGCCCGGCGCCCUACAGCAAGGGGGCAUACAACCAGAGUUACACCCCCAGCAGCUAUAAUCAAGGCAACUACCAACAGGGUUACAACUACGGCAGCUACAGUCAGUACCCAGGCUACAGGCAAACUCAGAGUUACAGCGAGUCUACGCCAGCUGCCGCAGGACAGACCUACAGCCAACAGCAGAACUACAACCAGCAGUACCAGCAGUAUGCCCAGCAGUGGCAGCAGUACUACCAGAACCAGUCUCAGUGGAACCAGUACUACGGCCAGUAUGGGGAACUAUGCGCCCAGGGGCAGGGGUCAACAAGGUCAAGGUUCACAGGGGCAGGGAGGUCAGGGGGCGUCAGGUUCCUCCCAGUAACCUCUGACCUCUACAUCAGGGGGGUCAACGAAAGGCGGUUUAUGGCCCACAAUAAAAUGAAUUGUUCCCACCCCAAAAAAAAUGUGUUAUUUUUUUUGUUGUUGGUCCAAACAGACUAAUAUCACCAGGAAUUGUACUAAAAAUGAGUUUAAUUUAGGAAAUGUGUUCACCGAGUAUUCCCACAGAUGAGAAAAGAGAUGUGAUCAUGGUUUGACGUGAUUUUUAUUGUCCAAUACAAUCUCAUUUUCGG